UUUUCUUCAGUUUCAUACAAUUACUUUCCUCUUCUUUCUUGUCCCACACCCUAUAUAAACACACACGUAUCAACGCCUUUAAUAGAUAGACCAUCUCACAAACAUGGCUCUUCAAGGUUCAAUGACUUUUGCUGCUUUCACCUUUUUCUUGCUCCUCACAACCCUCCCACAUGAACCACAUGCUUCAAGCCGUGGUUCCUUUGGCAGAAACAUUAACCCUCCGGUUUCUGGUCUAUGUUCCUCUUCUGUCAUUGUGCAUGGAUACGAGUGCCAAGAACACGAGGUUACAACAAAUGAUGGAUAUAUUCUGAGUGUGCAAAGGAUCCCAGAAGGUCGUGGUGGUAAGGGCAGCGGUAGCAGAACUAGCAAACAACCAGUAAUCAUACAACACGGAGUUCUAGUGGUGAGUGGGAACUCUGUAUUAUGCUUUCAAUUCCUACUUUCAAAUUCAACUGCACACAACUUUCAUAACAUGAUUUCCGUUUUGAAUGGACAGUUUCUGAAAGAAAUCUAA